CUUUGUAUGAAAGUUUCAUUGGGAUUUUCGAGAUUUUCUGGAUAUAAAUCUGUACAAUUAUUUGUUUUUCAUGUCAGAAUUCAACUUUGGAUUUUCUUUUCUUAUUGAUUUAAAACUGUCGUUGAUAUUUUAUUAAAGUUAUUUUCAGGUUAUUAAACUGACAUCAAGUAAUAAAUGAAGAAACAACAAUCAUGUUUGUUUCUCAUGAUAAGAAAUCUAACAAGAAAAAGUUUCAAAAACCCAACAUCCUCCGAAGAAAACCAGUACAUAAUAAGUCUUUGAUAAUACAUAAACUGGGCAAAUCCCAAACUUGUGAAUCUCAAGAUGUGCAAUCUCUAUCUUUUGUACUUGACCCAAAAAGCAAUGAACUAGAGAGACAGAAAUCUAUAAAUCUCAGCAAUGUGAACCAUGUGUAUUCUUUUGAGGAAUCAGCUCCGAAAGCUGAUAAUGUGACGCAACGCCAACACAGUACUCAAGAUGUGGGAGAAAAUAUAAGUGUGCAUAAUAGUUUAAUUUAUGUUAAUACCAUCCAGCAAAAUAAUAUUCAAUUUUGUCAAAAUCAAACUGUGAAUGUUGAACCAGUGUUAUUAGGUGACAUGAUUCAUCAGAAUGUUCCAGUUUUUGAAAAUGUUCCUUUGGGUAUUAAAGAAACAGAAAAUCACGGAAAACAAAAAUGGUGCAUAAACUUUAUUCGAGAACCUGGAACAAUUAUAAUUAAAAACAUUGAUAACACUGAGCCGGGGCUAAUAGGAUAUGUGGAGCAGAAACCAGAUGUACCUUUGAUAUCAAAUCCUGUACAGUCUGUACCGCAGGAGCCUGCAGUAUUGCAGGGGGACACUAUUACUCCAGUAAAUAACACUCAAACAAUAUCUAUUGAACAGUUUAUUAAGAUAUCCACCAGAUUUAAGUGUGAAAUACCUGGCUGUAAUAAAGACUUCAUGAGCAAACAGAAACUAAACAAACAUAUGACGAGUGUACAUAACAAAGAUAAGAUUAAGAAUGCAAAGCCCCAGAGACAGAUCACUGUAGAGUGUCCAGUUAAGAGGGUCCUUGAAAGUGGUGUAGAAGAGCUGUGUGGAAGAACAUUCCAUGUCAGGGAUGAACUUAUGAAACAUUUGAAUGAAGAACAUACAAUUGAUGAAGCACUGUACAGUUGCACGGAGUGCGGCCGGCGCUUUUUUUGGGCGUCAGGGCUGCGCGCGCAUGCCCGUGCACACCUGGUGCGAGCGGGCCGCGCCGAGCUGGCGUGUCCGUGGCCGGGCUGUGGGCGCGUGUUCCGCCAGCCCUGCCGCCUGCGCGAGCACUCGCGCGCGCACACCGGCGAUCGCCCCUACCCGUGCAGCUUCCCGAACUGCGGCUGGUCGUUCCGCACGGCGAGCAAACUGCUACGGCACGCGCGGCGGCACACCGGCGAGCGGCGCCACGCGUGCGGCGCGUGCGGCCGCGCCUUCCUGCGCCGCGAACACCUGCGCGACCACGCGCAGCGCCACGCCGCGCCGCAGCGCCGCGCCAAGCACGCCUGCCCGCACUCAGAUUGCCAGCAGAGUUUCACGAACAUGAGUUCUCUUUACUUGCACAUGAAGAAGGUCCACAAAGAGGAGCGGAGCGGCCCACCCGCGCUCAGUGGCACUGCCGACCGCGAGAUAAGAAGAGUUAAAUCAGACAAUAUGUUUGUGGUGAGUUUAUUGGAACCUAGCGAGGGCGCUGAGAUCGAGCACGCUUCUGUGGAGGGAGACUGGAUAGUGCAAGAGGAAACGGGGAAACUAGAGGAAGCGGGAGAACUGGAGGAGGUAGAGGAAGCGGGGGAGCUGGAGGAGGUAGAAGACGCGGAGGAGGCGGUGGAGCUAGAGGAAGUGGAGGAGCUGGAGGUGGGAGAGGAAGUAACGGCGGCGCACGCCGCACGCACGCACUGCACGUGGCCGUUGGCGCGCGCGCUGCACUGGCACCAGCCCAGCGCGUACUUGUUGGAGGAAGACGUGCAAGUGGAACAGUCUGAAGGGUCGGAAAGCAAUAUUUACACCGUGAGGAGCGAUCUCUUCCUUCACGGCAACAUGCUGCAUAGUGAAGAUAGCGAGCAGAUGGCAGAAUGCACGCGCGUGUCGGAGAGCGCGGGCGCGAGCGAGGGCGAGACUGCGGCGAGCGCGGAGCUCGACGCGGAUCUGCUGCUCGACGCGCCUUCCGUGCAUCUCGACCAGGAGGAGCUGUACACCGACGCGGUGGACGAGUCGUCCUUCCGCGUGCUGCUGCUGAGCGAGGAGCUCGCCUAGCCGGGCGCUAUGACUGGUUUUGAGAUCUACACAGCGUACUUUGACUUUGCUCAGACUUUUACCGUCAUGAUCAACCCAUGUCUGACCACGGACUUCCUCUCAGGAUGAUAAGGGCGCGUACUCCGCCACGAUGGCCCAGUGCACAUUGGCAGACUUCACACACCUUUGAGAUCAUCAUAAACUCUCAGGCAUGCAGGUUCCCUCACGAUGUUUUCCUUCACCGUUAAAGCAAGUGAUAUCUAAUUGCUUAAAACGCACAUAACUCUGAAUUGUUAUACAUCAUCAUCAACAUCUAACGAUAAGAAUAAAUUGACAAAAAUACCAUACAAUUAACUUAUCGACAGAUUACAGAUAGGUAGAUUAGAUUGAUUACUAAUUUCGGCCAUUAUAUACCAGUGUUUAAAGUAUACUAACUAAUCUUAAUCCAAAGUAAACGAAGAAUAAUAGUGAACACCACAUUUGUUGUGAAAUACUCAGUAUUUCAUGACCUCUCGAGCCAUAUAAUAAGUUCCAUGAGUCUGUGAUCUUACCUGGUAGAUAGGUAGUCAUGUUGGGUGGAAAACGGAACGCGUCAAGCGUGAAUUGAAAAUAUAAUAUAGUCAUUAGCGAAGUGACCGCGACCGCGUGAUAUUGUGCGGUGUGCCCUCGCCCCUCAUGUCCAAUGCAUUUUUAAAAAACAUGCUCGAUUUGGUUUCAACUUUAAUUAAUUUUUGUCUGAAAUAAUUAUUUUAAUUGCAAGUUUCAUUUCCUGGUCAUGAUUGAUCUCUUGUAAUCUAAUAUCUAAAAAGAAAAUCGCAAUUUGGAUGGUUUUGGAGUUCAAUAAUCUAAUAAUAAUAGCCAAUAGGUGUUGUGUCAAUUAAAAGUACAAAGAACUGUGCAUAUAAAAUCUACGAAAAUAUAAUUAAUUAUGAAUUUUAUGGUGCAAUAAAAUAUUUUAAUUUUGCAAGUGUAAGGUAAAACUAAACUAAGUAUCUUAAACUAAGUAUCUUAGAUUUAUAGUUGGUAGGAAAAGUUUUCAAUUAUGAUAAAUUAAUAUUAUAAAUGAAAUACCCUUUAUGUUUCCGUUUCAUCAAUAACUACGGCAAAGAAAUAACUUUAUGAAAAUCUCACUUUUUAUUAAUCUUACAGUAACAUACAUUAUAAUCCUAAUUACAAUUAAUUAACAUCACAACAUUAACAAACACAAGUAUCACUAUUAUAAAGGCUAUCGGUAAAAUGUCACGAUCUCGUUAAGAGGAUGUAGGGGAGGUCAAACUAUGCUGUUAAAUGACCCGUUGAUGUCAAAUGAUGUCAAAUAACAAUGACCAGUGAUUCAAACUCGACUUUUAGAGUAUUUUUUAACGAAACAAUACGCGUUUCUUAUAUUUAAUUACGCGUUUCUGAAAAACAACGAUUUAUAACUACAAAAACUGGCUAUUUUCACCCAAAGAUACAUGGGAUCAUUUGAUAGCAUUUAGGUACCUCCCUUACGAUCCCUUAACUGGAUCGUGUUUUUUUAAUGGGUCAGCCUGUAUACUAACUUCAUUAAUAAAACGAUAUAUCCAAUAUUUAAAAGAGGCGAUAUGUGAAAAUAUGAUGAUUACAAAACUUUGCAAUAAUGGUCAAUGAUUUUAUUUUCUGUUGAAACUUUCACAGCGUUUUUCCAAAUGCUAAUACAAUACAAUACUGCUAAUACAAAAAUGCUAAACUGAAUUUAUUCAAUUACAAGUUGAAUAAAUUUUAAAAGUAUUUAAGUUGAUUUUAUUCAAAUACUAUUUAUUACUAAAACUUUAUUAUUAAAAGAAUCACACUUCUUGCUUGAGGAUGCCAAGAAACUAUGAUCUCUACAUGCCUUCUAAUAAUAUAUUUUUUACGUUUUGUUAGUUGUAGAAUAGUCUUCUAAUGUUUGUGAUAACGAUUUUAUUAUUAAUGAUGUACAAUACUGUUAAAGUUAAACUUAGUUAUUUUAUGUAUAGU